GGCCCCAGUCCAGCCCGCGCCCGGGAUCCCCACUCGGCGCCCCUGCGCGCCCUGCUCCGCGCCGCCCCGCGCCCCCUGCUACUGCUGGCUUACUUCAGUCGCCUCUGUGCCAAGGGCGACAUUCCCCCGCCACUGCGCGCCCUGCCCCGCUACCGCCUGCUGCGCGACCUGCCACGCCUGCUGCGGGCGCUAGACGCACGGCCUUCCGCCGAAGCCACCAGCCGAGGCCGCCUCGGGGAUCGGCCUUGCCUGCGGGGUCGCCUGGAGCUGUGCCACCGGCUGGAACGCGAGGCCGCCAAAUUUUGCCCACCGAGGCUGAGCAGAGGCAGGCGUAGGGGUACUGGCUGGAUCCCCUGAAUGAGCCUUCUACCCUAGAAUCCUUGGGGUGCCUCCUCAGGACUACUGGCCAAAAAUCCUUAUGCUCUGUCUGCUAGCCUGGGAGCAGAGCACCUCCCUCGCUGUCCCAGACCCUUCCCUACGUGUCUGGCUUCUUCCUCCUGUUUACCCUUCCGGAACCAGCAGGGAGAGUCGCUGUUUACUGAGGGCUCCACAGCUCCCAGUUCUCUUGGGGGUGGGGGAAUCUUCCCACUUCUUUUCUUCAAAAUUCCAGGAAGAGUAGUCUGCACAUGCUCCAGUCCAAGCUAGAGAGGUGUGGGACAGAGGUAGGGGAGGCCGGAGCGAUGGCCAUUCUGAGUGAGGCGUAACUCCAGUGGGGGGAGGGGGGGAGGGGAGAAAACCCCUUUGGUGGGGGGCGGGGCAGGGAUACUGCUUUUCCGGACUGGAGCCCUGCCCAGGGGAUGGAGGGAGGGAGGGAGCCUGACCCAGGUAAAGAGGUUUUGGCCCUGGGUGUCCAGGGCGGAGGUGGGACAGUAGAAACCAAGAUCAAGAAAAAUGAAUAAAGGCCAACAUAAUGGAUAAGCUAAGAGACACGGUGUGCUUCUCUAGGGUGCCCAGGGUACUGAGUUGCAGGAGGGGUCAGCACAGCCCUGCCUGGGGAUUGUUAUGCCUCUGUUUGUGGGCUCCAGUCUUCCAUGUCCACACCCACAACCACAUCCUUCACAUUCUCACAAGCAAAGCCUCUGAAAAGGCAAAGGAGGACCUGGAAAUCUUGAUCCUCACUGUGAACAGGUUCAGAAAGGUCCAUUUGUCAUGCAGCCAGCCCAUGGCAACAGCACAAAUGGGACCCCUGUCUGCCUGGCUCUGAGUCCUGAGUUCCUUCCCUCCCUACCACACUUGAGCAGAGGCCAGGAAGUGGUGAAAAGCCCACUUUCUGAUACCCUUUGUCCCUGCCUUUAGAGCUCCUGUCCCAUAAAGGGUCACUGAGUCCCAGGGCAGAUGUGUGAAGGGACCGGGGGUGCCCUGUAUGAGGGAACCUAAUGGGCACCAAAAUCCCGGAUUCACGGUGGCAGUGGAAAUGCCCCAGCAUUGCCCAGGCCCUCUUCCUUAGGGACUCCCAAGGUGAGUAAGAGCUCCCUCACUCAGCUGUGAUGCCGCCACCCUCUUCAGGGGCCCCUCCCAGCCAGGUGUCAGCGGAGAAGGAGGAGGAGGAGAGGGAAAGGAGAGGAGGCCACCACCCCAGUCCAAGGCUGCUGGCUCCCAGGCCUGGUGUUGGUGGGAGGGACAGGGCGGGGCGGGAACAGCCAGCUGCCUGCCGGGAGCCAAACCGAAAGCACUCCGGCUGGACGGGGACAGGAUUCAGGACUCCCGGGAGAGGGGGUGCUCAAGCCCGCACUGGGACCCCAGGCUGAAGAGGGAUUCCGGCCCCUCGUGCCCACAGGCUUGGGGCUGAGUGGGAGCAGAGGUACCGUGUCUGCCCCCCCCUUUGGGGGGGGCAGGACAGGGCCUUGGGCCUUGGUGCCUCCUGGUACCUGGAAGAUGCCUGUGCCUUGGUUCCUGUUGUCCUUGGCACUGGGCCGAAGCCCCAUGGUCCUCUCUUUGGAGAAGCUUAUGGGGCCUCAGGACACUGCCCGCUGCUCUCCAGGCCUUUCCUGCCACCUCUGGGAUGGUGACGUGCUCUGCCUGCCUGGGAGCAUCGUGUCUGCCCCGGGCCCUGUGCUGGUGCCCACGCGCCUGCAGACAGAGCUGGUGCUGAGGUGCCACCAGGAGACUGACUGUGACCUCUGCGUGCGUGUGGCCAUCCACUUGGCUGUGCAUGGGCACUGGGAAGAGCCUAAAGAUGAGGACAAGUUUGGAAUAGCAGCUGAUCCAGAGCUUGAGGAGCCUAGGAACGCCUUUCUCCAGGCCCAAGUGGUGCUCUCCUUCCAGGCCUACCCCACUGCCCGCUGCGUCCUGCUGGAGGUGCAAGUGCGUGCUGCCCUCGCGCGGCCUGGUCAGUCUGUGGGUUCUGUAGUAUUUGACUGCUUCGAGGCUGCUCUGGGGGCUGAGGUGCGACUCUGGUCCUACACUCAGCCCAGGUACCAGAAGGAACUCAACCUCACACAACAGUUGCCUGACUGCAAGGGGCUUGAAGUCCGGGACAGCGUCCAGAGCUGCUGGGCCCUGCCCUGGCUCAGUGUGUCUGCCGAUGGCGAUGAUGUGCACCUGGUGCUGGACGUCUCUGAGGAGCAGCACUUUGGCCUCUCCCUGUACUGGAACCAGGUCCAGGGCCCUACAAAACCCUGGUGGCACAGCAACCUGACCGGGCCACAGAACAUUACUUUGAACCACACAGACCUGUUUCCCUGCCUUUGUAUUCAGGUGUGGCCUCUAGAGCCCGACUCUGUCAGGACGAGCCUCUGCCCCUUUAGGGAGGAUCCCCGGGCACACAGGAACCUCUGGCGUGCAGCCCGGCUGAGGCUACUGCCCCCCCGGGGCUGGCAGCUAAAUGCACCCUGUUCACUGCUUGCUGAGGCCACUCUGUGUUGGCAGGCACCAGGCGGCGGCCCCUGCCAGUCGCUGGUCCCACCGCUGUCCCGAGCAAAUGUCACUGUAAACAAAACACUUGAGUUGCCAUUGCUGAAUGCCCACCCCAACCUCUGUGUCCAGCAGGUGAGCAGCUGGGAGAAGCUGCAGCUACAGGAGUGCUUGUGGGCUGACUCCCUUGGGGCCCUCAAGGAUGAUAUGCUGCUGGUAGAGACACGAGGCCCCCAGGACAACAGAUCACUCUGUGCCUUGGAGCCCAGUGGCUGCACCCCACUACUCAGCAGGGCCUCCACGCUGCAGCUUGAUGGUCUCCUAAGUGUGGUGCCCCUAGGUGACAGCCUCCCUUUGGCUUGGCAGAGGGCCGCUCGCCUUGGAGAGCAGUUACUACAAGACCUGCAGUCAGGCCAGUGUCUGCAGCUGUGGGAAGAUGACCUGAGAGCACUAUGGGCCUGCCCCAUGGACAAGUGUGAGUAUUACAAGAACUGCCCUUCCCCUCAGUACCAAGAGCUGGAAUCUAGACAUUCCUACAGGUAACGUGCAAUGGCCUUGUCCUUCUCUGGCUCAGAUCAGUCAGAGGGACAUUCCUUCCUUCAUUCAAAAACCAAGAAGAGGGCGCCUGGGUGGCUCAGUUGGUUAAGCGACUGCCUUCGG